AUGGCAAUUCGUCUCUUCCACAUGGACCUCAAGCAUGUUGUGGCUACCUUCCUUGGACAGAGAAAGAGGCAAGCGUCAGUCCUUCCAUAUCCCUUUGUGAAGGCUGCGUUCUCAGACUCUCGGUGCGUCCGGUUCUCCAAGUCCAGCGCCUUGCAUAGAAGGAGGUACCCAGGAUACAUCAAAACAGAUGCAAGGUUUCAACGCAACAGCCUUGGAAAGAGGAGGAGGAAGAAAACCAAACAAAGGGUCCAGCAGGUCCAAGCGAAGAGGCCAGCCAAGCAAGAGUCACGAGAGAUCAGAUUACAGGAAAAGGAAGCUCAAGCAACAAGUAGAGGAAGGAAAGGAGCGGAGAAGGAAGAGCCUGUGGAAAGAGAGGGGGGAAGAAAGCCGAUCGAGCAUCAUUCCUUCCAUACUCUGAAGGCUGUGGGCUUUGAGCGUUUGUUUCUCCAAGUAGGCAGCCCGCUGACAAGCCAAACAGGGGUCGAGCAGAAGGAAAACGGAACACAUCCUCAUGCUGUGAUCCAAAAACAGGUUUCAAGUCCUUGGGUUAUCACCUUCAAGACGGCUGACCCUCAUGCGAAGAUUGCACGACUAGGAUCAGGAAUCUCAACUUUAGAGAUUUCGACUCUCGAUUGUCAGGACUGCGAAGUCCAAAAACCGUUGGCACAGAACUUGGAAGAGAAUGGUCUACCUGUUGGGCCAGGGGCGGAUGAGGGCCCAAGGAACACUUCCAUUCUCUUCAGCGUCGCAAGUGAUUGUUGCGCAUCUACACUCAAGUUUGCAGCUCUCUUAGUUGAUCAACAGGAGUUUGACUUCAAUUUUAGGAUGUAUGCCAAGAGUCCGUCCGGGACAGAGCGGGAAUUAGCAACAAUUCCCACUCCGAAUUUUGAUGAAAGUUUCCCUUUGCCGGUCCCACAGGGGUUGUGGUACCCUUAUGUGGCCAUGGCCUUGGCGCCAAAUGACUGUUUUUGCGGAGAACAGCUCAAUGGAGACUGGGAACUGAAGUUUGAGACCAGCAAGAGCGGUAGCUUGAUCGUGCCAGGCGUGGGCGAACUUGCAUAUCCAACCCUCAUCUUUGGGUUUGCUCAGCAGUGUGAUCCAUGCAAUCCGAAGAGCGGGAUCUUCGAUUCUGGGAUCUGCUGCGAUCCGGUCCAGAAUCCAGAUAAUCCCAACUAUUUCCUGUUCUGUGAAACGUGCAAUCGGGACAGUCUGAACUACAACCUUGUGGCCUGCUGCAGUAUCCCUUCGAAUCCAUUCUGCCCGUGCAAUCCUGGCAGGGAGAACUACGACCCUGUCGCCUGCUGCAAUAGCGACCCUCUUUCGGAUCCAUUCUGCCCGUGCAAUCCGGACAGUGAGAACUACAAGCCUGAGGUAUGCUGCAGUAUCUUUGACACCCCUUCGGAUCCGAACUGCCCGUGCAAUCAGAACAGUCCGAACUACGACUUUGAGGCCUGCUGCAAUAGCGACCCUCUUUCGGAUCCAUUCUGCCCGUGCAAUCGGGACAAUCAGAACGUAUACGACUUUGUGGCCUGCUGCAGUAACUUUGACGCCCCUUGGGAUCCCGAAUGCCCGUGCAAUCGGAUCAGUCCGAACUACGACCAAAUGCAGGCCAUGGCCUGCUGCAAUACGGAUCAGUUCUGCCCGUGCAAUGCGGCCAGUCAAAACUCCGACCUUGUGGCCUGCUGCAGUGACAUCAACCCUUCGGAUCCGAGAUGCCAAUCAGAUCCGUGCGAUAAUGCUCCUGAUCCUUUUUGCUGCCGUAGUCCUAAUCCUUGCUGCGAUAGUCCUGAUCCUUGCUGCGGUAGUACUGAUCGCUGCUGCGGUAGUACUGAUCGCUGCUGCGGUGACCCUAAUCCGCGUUGCUGCUAUGACAGUUCCUUGCCCGGUUGUCCUGAUGACCCAUGCAAGGACCUUUUCACGCCCGGUUGUAUUGACCCAUGCGAUUUGAAUCCGUGUAGCUGCGAGUGUGAUCCUUGCCACCCCGCAUGUCCUUUUCCAUCGCCUUGUUUCCAGCAGUGUGACUUCGAUCUGCCGUCCAACGACAUCGUGUUCGGUGGCAAAGGCCACGGCAAGGGCAACUUCACCGGCAAAGGCACUCGCAGUCACCGCAAUCACCGCAGUCACCCCAGCCCGCACUGCAAGACGCACUCCCGUGCCUGGAGCGCCUCGAGGGCCACGAAGCUCCGUGCCAUCCACGCCGCGAUGGCCAGGGCCAAUCGCACAAACCCUUGACGCACGUGACAAACCGCACAGCCCAGGCACAAGAUGCCAGGUGAGCCAUCCACGUUUGAAUUCUUGGGUGGACUCCUAGGUCAGCAUCUAGUGGUUUUACGAAUACAGAAGGGUGGCUUAAGGCCAGGCCUCC